AUGACGCUUUGUGCUCGUACACUUGGUGAUCCGGCGCAAAUUCUAUGGCGGCGGUCUUGUCAUGACCAGUACGGAUGGCAGCAAAAUUUGGGCUCUUUUGACCUCAGUGCCAAUUGGCUCUUGGUGGGGGUCACUUUUGGAAAUGAUAUGUUUGUGGCAGUGGGUGACUAUGCUGCCAUGUAUAGUUCAAAUGGCAAAGUCUGGACUCUCCGAACCCCUGGUGUGCCCGCCAACUUUUGGAAUGCCCUCACCAGCGGCAAUGGAAUAUUUGUUGCUGUACCCUUUGUUAAGACAGAACAAUCAACUAAAAAUAUUACGGAGCAGCUUGUACAUCCUAGUCUCAUGCUCUUGGAAGCUCCGUUAGUAUUUGACUUCAACGUCAACAUAACGGGAUCUGCAACUAUCGUUGAGAAUGUUGCAAAGCUUAUUGAUGCCAAUGUAAUUGUCUAUACCGGAUCCACGUUGCUUCCGGUAGAAAUCCCAAAAGCACCAAGCCGUCCCCACCCUGUACACGCUUAUCCAGGACGUGGAUGUCCUAGUGCAUUUGGACGCAAUGCAGGCCGUGUGUGGCGGAGCGUACCACAAAACCGCACGGCCCCUACGCCAUCGUUGCGUUCCGCGCAAAGCGAUCCAUUUGGCAUGGACACUUCCAUAUUGGUGCCUCAAUAUAAGAUAGGUUCACCUACCAAUACCAAUACCACCCACUCUCCGAGCGCCCGCACUCGUGCUCUCGAAGACUGCCGUACCGAAAACGUUUACAACAUCGACGGAACUGCCAACAACACGCCAAGUUUCAAGGAUGCCGAGACGAAUGCGAGCUCGGAUGGCGAUGACUUUCACAAGGAAUUGAUGCUCUUGUGUACUCGCGACGGAACUCCGGAGCUAGCUAGAAAUACAGUCUACACUCUGGCGCAACUGCUUCGCAAAGAAUCAGGCGAUACCAAGGGUUUUGAACCGCUGCUCAAGGUACUCACGUCAUGUCAAACUUGGACGGAAAAAGACAACAAGGCAAUUGUCUUUGCGUCGGAAUGUGUCUUGAUCGGAGUACGACAAGAUGGCGGCAACGAGUGCUUUGAGAGUGCCAAUGAAGAUGGAGAGACACAAACUCCUUCACCAUCGUCCCGUAAAAAUUGUCUUUCUUCGACGCGAAAAAGACCAGUCCACCAAACUCCAGAGUUAGGUGGAAGUCACGUCAACACUGUCCAUCUUGACAGUAUGGGUCAACGCACGUUCGGCUCGUGCGGUACCGAUCUUUCUUCGGUGAAGUUGAUAUUCUCGUACAUGUCGUACCAUGACGUAAAGUGUGUGACGUUUAAUAGGAUUCAUUACCGUUGGGCACUGACCUCUGAAUAG